AUGGACGCAGGCGAAUUCGUCACCAACCGUCCACUGUCAAAGGUGGUUUUUAUAGAAACAAUGUACUAUGAGCUGACCAGUUAUAAAUACCAAUCGCUGAAGCUGUCUCUCCUUUUCGACCAUGGGAAACAGGAAGGCCAAGGGCAAGAAGUCGUUCCGAGCAGCGGCCAGCGGGACGAAAACUCCAAUCAUGGCGACGCAUACUUUUCAAUGACGAGAGGGAGAAAGGAGAAGGAGAAGGAGAAGGCAAUUCGAUUGGAACACCGCUUUCCCGAAUGUGGUAUAUUUUGGGAGCCAGAUCCAACAGCGAGCGAGGUUUACGUCACGGGUACAUUUGAUAACUGGUCGCGGUCGGUGAAGCUGGAAAGAAGUACCAAUGGGUUUAGGAAGGACGUCGAGGUGCCGAGUAUUGGGGGAAAGAUACUUUACAAGGUAUGCGUAUGCGGCUACAUAUAUGAUAUAUACAGUACAUGCACACUUGGAGGAGGGGGGGACAGCUUGAAGGCAUAA